AAAGUUACCUCUGCCAUUGCUUAUGUGCUUUAAAGACUCAUAUUCGUUUAUGAUUUGAGGACUCAUCCGAUGUGCAACUCUUCGCACAGUUCCCGUUUGUCAUGACCUGCACCACGUUCUUGAUAAGGAUACGAUAACAACCCCGCCCACCUUGGUCGAUACUAUUCUAUCCGCAACAGAAUUCCGAUCAACUCAACAAUUACGACAAUUUCAAAUCCAAACAUCAUGGCAGCAACUAGUACUUCGAAAAUGGGAAAUACUGUCGACGACAAUUCACGUCGUGCUGCACAAGAAAUUCAAGAUUAUCUACAAUCUCGUCUUGCUGAUACAUCUGGCCCUCCUUCAUUCCAAUCACUUCCCAUCAUCGAUUUAACCCCAUCAUUCUCAUCAUCCUUAGCCGAACGUCAAGAAGUUGCCAAAAAAAUCAAUGAAGCAUGUACAACGGUAGGAUUCUUCUACAUCACCGGUCAUGGAAUUCCAAAGAGUAUUUGUGAUGAAGUAUUUAAGCUUUGCGAACGCUUUUUCAGCGAAUUACCUCAAUCCUCAAAAGAUGCCAUUCAUGUCCAGAAUUCGGAUCAAUUCAGAGGAUAUGAACCUGCUAGUUAUUCAUCUGUGAAUGAAUUCACAACAAAAGAAACAAAGGAGGCUUUUAAUUGGGGUUAUGAGUAUGGUUUAGAUCCUACUGGUGGAGAUGGAAAAUAUGUAGAACUUGAUGGGACAUCUGCUGGUGGUAAAAAUCAAUGGCCGAAUGAAUCUGAAAUUCCUGGAUUCUAUGAGGGCAUUGCGGAUUAUUAUGGCAGGGUAGGCUGAUUCACUUCCACAAUACUGAGAUCUUACCUUUUCUAAUGAUUUGACCUAGAUAUUACAAUUAUGCAAGCACCUCUUCCGUCUAUUCGCCUUAUCUCUAUCACUUCCUGAGGAUUACUUCGAUCCACUAGUUACUCACCCAGGAGGAAUAGGAAGAUUAAUAAAAUACCGACCAAGUUCAAACCCCAAGCCCCUAUCAUCUCUAAACGAAGAAGAAGAAGAAGAAGAGCUUGGUCUUGGCGCCCACUCAGACUAUGAAUGUUUCACCCUCCUCCUCCAAGACGAAACACCCGGUCUAGAAGUCCUCAGUCCAGAUGGAAAAUGGGUAAGCGCAGAACCCAUUGAAGGAGGAAUCGUAGUAAACGUUGCAGACUUUCUGAUGCGUUGGACCAAUGGGCUUUAUAAGAGUACUAUUCAUCGAGUUGUCAAUAGGACUGCUAAGACUCGAUACUCGGUUCCUCUAUUCUUUUCUAUCAAUUAUGAUGAGAUGGUUGAAACUUUGUCGUCUUGUGUGAGUGAGGAUAAUCCUUCGAAAUAUCCUCCGAUUACUGCUGGGAGAUAUAUAUUAGAUCGUCUUGCAAUGACGGUUCCGGGGAAAUAUUGAGUGAGUUAUGGAUUCAUGGCAUGGCAUCUUUUUUAUUAUGAUGGAAUAUUU